AAUUAGAUUACUUCUUAAAUAACGCUUUCAUAUCUAUUUAUCUCUUUUUCCUUUGCCAUUCCACUAACUUUCAUUUUCACGUGAUGUCUGAGUGAUGGUAUUUCCUUUCAUUGUUCAUGUUCCGAUCCAGCUCACACACAGCUUUUUCGCUUCUCACCUUCUCGCCAUGUCCGAAAAAGCAAUCACUGGCAGCCUUAACCCUUUGACCAUUGCGAAAUUAUUGGGUCCCUCGACUCCUUUGCUGGAUAGAGUUAUCCGGUUCCUAAACACUGUUCGUGGAACGGAUAAAGUCCUCAUGAACAUACAAUAUUGGUCGAAGAUUGUUGUUUGGUUUUUGCAAAGACGUGCUGGUCCUGCACCUAUCAAGGGACCAGCUAUCACCACCCUUGCCCAGCAUAUCAAAAACUUUGCUGGUCCUGUCAGUGAUUUCCGUAUCUUGCUCCGUUACUAUGGAUUGCUGCCUAUGAUCCAAUACAUGGCAUAUCUCGAGCAUAACCCUGCUCCAUCGCGCCUUCACCUCAACCUUGAGCGCAUCCAGAAUCUAUCCAUGAUCAUCUAUUACCCACUGGAACAUUUGUACUGGCUUGGAGCUCAUAACGCUAUUCCCUUGUCUGAGAAAAAAACAAACAGCAUUGGUAUCUGGAGUUGUCGAUUCUGGGCACUUUGGGUUGUUUUGGAGUUUGGCCGUAUUGCCGAACAAUAUCGCCUGUUGAAGAGAAAGGAGAAGUCCUUGAUUAAGAAGAUCAAGGAUGGUGAGAUCACCGAUCAAGCUGAGAAGGAGCAACAGAUUGCAAGCAUCAGAAGUGAAAAGAAAUCGAUGCUCUUGGGCACCGUUAUCAAUACUGGUUACCUGCCGUUGACUGUACACUGGUCGUUGGAAAACUCCACCUUCCCGGAUGUGCUUGUUGGACUGUUUGGUGGUAUCGCUGCUGUUUGCCAAGUAUACGCCGCGUGGCAGGCCACGCCCUAAGUGAUAAUUCUCUGUUUCUUCAUAAUGUAUAUCCGCGUCGUACGGUCUUUCAUGUCGAUGUAUAGCUCAUAUUUGAUAGACGAAUGAAAAUUUACAAUGGGUCUUUUGCUUUCCUUAUAUCAUAAUGGAGGAUAAAGAAAUAGAAACAGAGAU